AUGGCUUGGCAGUCCAUGUUAGUUGGGGAUGAGUACGACUCAAAGUUGGGCUGUGUCCGGCGGACUCUUCCUCACACUGUCAUGGCUGACUACAAGCAAUCAGAGCCUCCUCCACCAUACAGCGGCGUCGACCAGCACGGAGGCGGCCACCAUGGAGGGGGCCACCGGGGAGGGGAGGGUAUGGGGUACCCCCAGCCACAGGUGGUGACCGUGCAGCCACAGGUGGUCACACAGCCCAUCAUCAUCAUGGGCACCAGCUGCCCCGCCUGCCGGGCCGGGGUGCUACAGAACGAGUUCACCUGCUGCGGAAUCUGCCUAGGAAUCUUCUUCUUUCCCAUAGGCCUCGUAUGUUGCUUCCUGAUGCAGGAGCGGCGCUGCUCCAACUGCAGGAUGACCUACGGAGGCGCCUAGAUCUUGUGCAAGGAGUCCCACUCGCCAGCCUUUAGAUUACUGUUAAAAAGAUAUUCUUCUGAAGCCCUUAAAGUUCUUUCUCCUUAGAGAAUGUCCUUCAUCAGCCCCUUGACCUCCUAUUGGAUAUUCUUCGGCAGCCCUUAGCCCUUUACACAAUGUUCUUCGCAGCUCUUAGACCUACAGAAUGAUCUUCGACAGCGCUUACAUAAUAUUCUUCAGGUUCUCCAUAGACAUGCGUGAUGUUCUUCGGCAAACCUUAGACCUACAAAAUGUUCUUAGGAUCACACAGAGAUACACGAUGUUCUUCAGCAACCCACAGACCUAGAAAAUGUUUUUCAGGAUUCAUUAGAGAUACACGAUGUUCUUCAGCAACCCACAGACCUACGAAAUGUUCUUCAGGAUUCAUUAGAGAUACACGAUGUUCUUCAGCAACUUACAGACCUACAAAAUGGAUGUACUUGGGUCGCCUCUAGACCUCGUAGAUUAUCUGUCGAAAAGCCCUUGGAGGUCUUGCCGAAGCAAGAGGAAAUUCCUGUUUGUUCCAAGUUGUGGAUCGGGCCAAUGUGAUUAUAAUUUCCUCAGGCUUUUUUUGCUAAGUUAUUAAUUAACGCUGUGAUUGUUAGUGGCUUUGUAAGAACGUAAGAACACUACUGCUAUGUUCUCUCACAAACCCACUGUACCAUCUUGUAUAUAAAUAAAUCAGUAAAUGCUGGAAUAUUCAGAAUCAUAUUAUACUGUGUACUUCACAAAAGGGUUUCAUUAAUUCUAAUAAAGUGCAUUUAACUCCAUUUAAAUGCAAAGAGAUCCCAA